AUGUAUCCCAAGGCCAUCUCCAUCUUGGUCGUCGUCCUCAGCGUGUGCGCCAUCUCAGUGCGCGCCGCCGGCCCCAAUGUCAACCUGAAGCGAAGAAACUUCCAUUCGCUUGCGGUCCUGGGCGAUUGGUUGUAUAUCGAGGGAGGGUCAUACUCCUCAUGGUUCGAGAAGGGAUUAUCGGAUCGCGUCGCAAUCAAUUCGACGUACGCCCUUCCCCUCACGCAGCCAUGGAUGAACGGCUCGGUCAUAUUCCGUGAGACAGCAUACAACGGAAAGGUCCAGACCGUCGACCAGUUUGGUCUUUGGACCGACGGAAACAACAAGAUGUACAAGUGGGCAGGUUCAUCGACCAACCGAUCCAAGGUGGAGGACACAUACAAGAAGACCCUGUACGAGUUCACAGUCGACGGCAACGGUGGCGGAACCUGGAGAGAGAAGGACGCCGCCAACCCCGAUACGUUCGCCGACCUCCGAGUAGCAAGGCAGGGCGCUGCAGCAUCAUGCAAGGGAGUCGGCUACUACAUGGGCGGAGCAUCGAGCUACUGGACCGAGUCUGGAGUCAGCGGCGAGCAAGAUGGCGGCUGGUUCCCGGCUCCCGGGCUGCUCACCUACGAAAUGAGCACCGGCAAGUGGGAGAACAUCUCCAGCGACGGUUAUUCCAUGGACGGGCCCAUUAUCAACGGCAGAGGCCAUUGCAUUGAGGGUUUCGGAAGCGACCCCCUCGUCAUGUUCUUGGGAGGCGGAGUAUCAUCGAUGUCGACAGGGAAGCAGACCAAGCAGAAUUCUCUCUCCGACCUCUCAUUCUACAACCCUGUGAAGCGGAAGUGGCUUCAGCAACCGACUUCCACCGACGCGUCUCUGUUUGGAUCCGCCACCGCCCCGGAUUCUCGCAGCCAGUUUUGCCUGACAGGAGCCCGCGGCAAGAAUGGAACCUACGAGAUGUAUGAACAUUGGCUCUGCUUUCUUCGUAUUCGAAUGGAUGUGCUGACAUGGGUGAUUUUUAGCUUUGUAUAUGGAGGGUACAAUGAUCGCAUUUCGACAGAUCUAGACGACGUCUGGGUACUGUCCCUGCCAGCAUUCCGUUGGUUCAGAGCACCAUCGAGUCGAGCCCCCGGGCGCCGAUACCACGAUUGCGCAACCAUUGGCAAAAGCCAGAUGAUCUCGGUCGGCGGUGCAACAGGCGACAAUGCCUUCAGCACCGUGGAACAGUGGCCCAAUGGCAUUGGAAUUCUUGACAUGAACACGGGCAACUGGGUGGACAGCUACAACCCAUCUGCUGGGGAUUAUGAGACGCCCAACUUUAUCCAGCAAUAUUAUCAAGAAAGUGAUUAUUCCGCCAGGGUCAACUGGACCAACGAUGCGGACUUCAAGAGCAGCUUUUCAGGCCUGAAGAUUACCAACACAACAAGUGACGCGAGCAAAGAUAACACGAAUAAUGACAACAAUAACAACACCAACAAAACAAAUAUCGGCGCCAUCAUUGGAGGCGUACUGGGAGGAACGGCCCUCGUCACGCUUAUCCUGGCCUUCGCAUGGUUCAUGUACCAGCACCGGCGCCCCGUCCCCGAGCCAGAACUACCAAGGGAUGAGCCCAAGAGUUACUAUUACGGGUCGGAUUCAUCCUUCUAUUCCAAAUCAGCAAGCCCCGAGACGGUCUACUCCAAUCCCGUCUAUCCCAGUCCGAUUUAUGAGAUCCACGAUGCUCGGUAUGGCCGUCCGAAUGUGGUUGAGCCGAUGAGACAACCGACGCCGCCGCCAGCAGAGAUGGUCGGCGUAUAA